AGUUUGGGAAUUGAUUUUGACAGCCCGGUUUCAAGGAAGAAUAAUGAUGCAGAUAACAUAAUCGGAAUGACAACACCUGAACCUACAGUGGGAGGAGCAAUGUCAAUUAGCCAGAUUUCACCUCCUCGAUCAAGGAGAAGCCCAUCAACAAAUGACAUGCUGGAACAACAAAUGUAUGUGUACGAAAGAGACACUAGAUUCAUGGACACGGUGAAUCUAAACGCGAGGACUCUGGAGUUUGACAUCAGCUCUUCACCAUUCGUCAAAAGAAGGGCUAGAUUGUUAAGUACGAACCAGCGACAAUGUCAACCGGCACACAUAUGGCAUUAUCAACUUGAUAUAUGCAAGAAAUUCAAAAAAUGGUUGCAAGACGUCAACGACAAAAACACAUGUGAAAGCUUGUGGAUUAUGCACUACAACCCGAGGUAUAUCGAGAUCUCCGCUGCCACAGUAAGGAGACACCUGUGCAUGUUCGAGGACAUGGAACAUGAUUUCUUUGACAUUGUAAUAAGAAGAUUCAAACAAUAUGACGAGGAAAGGACAAAAGAACCUCACUCUUCCAUUGUGAAACACUUUAUGGAAUCAGACGUUGCGACAUGCAUAAUGGCUCAGCAUUCAACAUCAGCGUAUUUAGCAGUAAGGGAACAGUUCAUCGGACCACAUGUAAAACACGACCUGCCGAAUUGCAACCUGAUGCUACUUCCAGGGAAGGUCAAUUUCACAUGGGUGGGCUACGCUUUUGAAUUUAACAAGUCAAGGAUAACUGUAUUUGACCCAACAAUAUCCAUGGAUGGCGGUAGCUCAUUGCCAGAGCUACAUAUGAAGAUAUGCACCCAGAUGAAGACGUCCCUGAAGCAAUGCGCCACAGAUUUUUUUGAGAACUGGCAGUAUGAUUGGGAAAGCAUGUCAGUCCACAUAUUGCAAUGCAAGACAACAACUACACUCAGAAACUGCACGGGGCUAGCAACGCUGAUGUUUUGCAGAUACUUUGAUGGAGAUAAUGACAUUUCCCAGAGCUACAAGGUGACGCAAACGAGUUCGCGUCUUUCAUACUCUACGACAUUCUUCAUCUCCGGGAAAACAUCGGUUAUCUUCCUAAGGAGUUCGUUCAGACGUUUUAGAUUGCAAGCAAAAGUGUUGUCAAAGGGGCCACUUAGAAAGAUCGACAAAAUCAUUCGGGCCCUCAUCUGGCGAAAAGAGGAACAAUCUCAAACCUCGGGAGGUAACUCCCUUGUUAACUGGAAGACCGUCUGCCGCCCAAGGCACUUGGGCGGUCUUGGGAUCAUGGACCUGGAGGGUUUUAGCCGUGCCCUACGCCUCCGGUGGCCGUGGCUGCAAUGGACUGACCCAGAAAGGCCAUGGGUAGGAUUGGAGCUCCCGUGUGACCAAACAGACAUGAUCCUCUUUCGCGCGUGUACCUCGAUUACGCUGGGCAAUGGGCAUAAGACACUGUUCUGGCAUGCAAACUGGAUCAGUGAUGGCACACUCAAGGUUCUAGCUCCAGAGCUUUAA